GUGUCUCAUCAACCUUUAAUAACACACUAAAUUCACAUACAUCUCUCCACCACAUCUUUAAAAAAAAAAUGGUACUAAACCUAAAGAACAUGAUGCUUCGUGAGAUCGGUCUUGUGUGUCUGUUCUUGAUCGUUGACAAAGCCAACGCUAGAGAGUUUGCGGUCGGUGGUGCAAAAGGAUGGACAGUGCCUUCAAGUUCUCAAGUUUACAGUCAAUGGGCAGAACAGAGCAGAUUCCAAAUAGGCGACUCUCUGCUGUUCGUCUACCAACCAAACCAAGAUUCAGUGCUCCAAGUCACAAGAGACGCAUACGACAGCUGCAACACGGAUGCACCAACCGCCAAGUUCGCUGAUGGCAAAACUUCUUUCGCGCUAACCCACUCUGGUCCAUACUAUUUCAUCAGCGGAAACAAAGACAACUGCAAUAAAAACGAGAAGCUAGUGGUCAUCGUCAUGGCUGACAGAAACGGCAACAACAACAACACCACAUUAUCACCACCACCACUUCCUUCUCCAGCUCCUGCUCCCUCAUCAUUACCGCCUUCUCCAGCGCUAGCUCCCACGGGAGAGUCCCCUCCUUCUCCACCGCCAAUGACAGGACCAUUUGAGACACCAGCACCUACGCCUACUCCAACUCAAGAAACUCCAAACAACGCAGCUUCUCCUCCAUCUUCUUCCUUUCUCGCUGCUCUUCUCGCAGCUGCCUUUGCUUCUACUCUAUUUCUACACUAAGAAGUUUAUCUUUUGUCUUCUAUCAUCACUCUUGUGUUUGUAACUUGAUUUAUAGACAUUUGUUUCUCAUGUAAAUGAAUAAAAGUUCCACUUGUGUGUA